CUUCGAAUUACUACUACUCAUUGAUGUUGCCUCAACUUAUUUAUUCAUUUCAAGUAACACUGAGCUUGACAAGCUCGUCACCACUCGCAUUUUGGGAACUAAGCCGUUUCUUAAUUUUCCGCCAUGGAUGGAUUUCUUCUCUUCAAUCCUUUCAUAUAUUUCCUCACCGCCGCAUCAUUGGUGUGGUUCGUCCUCAAACGGCGCCGUACAACUCAGCAUCAGGGCCUGCAGCCUCCGUCGCCGCCGAGGCUGCCAGUCUUGGGUAACCUUCACCACCUCAGCCCGCUGACCCACAGGAGCUUCCACGCCUUGGGCGCCAAGUACGGCCCGAUCAUGCUGCUCCACUUCGGCACCCUGCCGGUGCUCAUCGUCCAGUCAUCGGCCGCCGCCACCGAAAUCAUGAAAGCCCAGGAUCUCGCCUUUGCCGACAAGCCGGAGUGGAAGACUAUGAAGAAAAUGUUCUACAACCUCAAGGACAUAUCCCUCGCCCCUUAUGGGGAAUACUGGCGGAAACUUAAAAGCAUUUGCAUUCUGCAGCUGCUUAGCAGCAAACGGGUGCAGUCUUUCCAUUUCAUCAGGGAGGAAGAAACUGCCCUUUUGGUUGAGAAGAUCAAGGCCUGCAGCCGCAGCCCUGUCAAUUUGAGCGAGAUGUUUGCCUCGUUGACGAACGACGUCAUCUGCAGAGCAUCCUUUGGAAGGAAGUACAGCGAAGGGGAAGAGGGAAAGAGGUUUCUGAAUCUGUUAGCACAGGUAAUGCAGCUGGCGGGGAGUAUGAACAUCGGGGAGUUUGUUCCCUGGCUGUGGUGGAUUGAUAGCGUGACGGGAUUCGACAGGAGAGUCGACUGGGUUGCUAAGGAAGUGGAUGAGUUCUUGGAGAUGGUAAUUCAAGACCACCUGAAUGCAAGAAGAUUGGAAGAGAUUGGUAAGUCUGGUGGCGCCGCAAAAGAAGACAGCUUUGUUGAUAUUUUGCUCAAUAUUUAUGCGGACAAAAUGAUCGACAGAGACGGGAUAAAGGCCAUUAUCCUGGAUGUGCUCGCCGGGGGGACUGAGACGGCUGCAUCAGUGCUGGAAUGGACGAUGACGGAGCUCCUGAGACACCCGAAUUUGCUUAACAAGUUGCAAUCUGAAGUGAGGAAUAUCCUGAAAGACAAGAAUCACAGCAUAACCAAUGAUGACUUGGAUCAAAUGCAUUACCUGAGAGCAGUGGUGAAGGAAACUCUGCGCAUUCAUCCUCCACUUCCAUUGUUGGGUAGAGCAUCGCGACAAGACGCCACAGUGAUGGGAUACAGCAUUCCUGCUCGGAGCAGGAUCCUUGUUAAUGCUUGGGCGAUCGGUAGAGAUCCUGCAUCUUGGGAUGAACCCGAAAAAUUUAAGCCCGAGAGAUUCUUGAACAGUUCAGUAGACAUCAAGGGUGUCAAUUUCGAGUUGAUUCCCUUCGGAGCAGGAAGAAGGGUAUGUCCAGGAAUUGGAUUUGCCAUGGCAAGCAUCGAACUUGUGUUAGCUAAUGUUAUGCACAAAUUUGAAUGGGAAUUGCCCGAGGGGACACAUUGGGAGGAGUUGGACACCAUAGAACAACCUGGUGUCACUACUCACAGGAAGACUCCUCUUUUGGCUGUUGCAACUGAAGCUCGAUUCUAGAAAUUAAUUAAGCACUAUGAUCUAUAUGUAUAUUUGUUCCAAAAUAAAGCUUAUGUAAAAACACUGGUAAAAUAAGCACACACAAAAAUGUUUAUCCAGUUCGGCUUGAAAAUGGAGGAACAUGGUUGUUACUCACAGGGGUCCUCUGGGCCUCAUUUGAAUCGCCAUCACCUUCAAAUUCCUCAUCAACUGGAUCAUUCUCUGGCAUAUAUGUAAGAUCAUGCACUCAGCAUCAAGUCCAUUUCAGAUCCAUGAGAUG